CACAGCCUUGAAAACCCUACGGAGCACUUCUGCCUUGCCGUAGUCAACUCAACGGCAACUGAUUUAGUUGAACUUCACAGUGGGCCUGACUUUCCAGGUGCACGUGAGUGGGCAUAUCGCGGUCACUCACCUACAGGCCUCAGUUAGGAAUCUAAUUCCAUCUCUUUAUUUUACAGAUGAGGAAACUGAGGUCCAAAGAAGUUAUGCCACUUGGUUAAGGUCCCAAAGCUGGUCAGAACCAGGUCUCGGAUCAGAAACCUGGCUCCGGGCUGCUCCUGGCUUUCUGUUCUCCUAAGGAUCACGUUCCUGACAGAAGAGAUAAGGGACCCCACUGCUUUGUUUGAAGGAGGACAAGUUUGACACUGCUCACAUCUUUCCUUAUUGAAGUAUCCUCCUCCUGACCAAGCUUGGAUAAACCUUCCGACGGCAUAUGACACACAGAAGUUCGCUUUCCCAGAAUGGAGUCCAGUAAAAAGAUGGACUCCCUGGGCUCCCUGCAGACCAAUCCCCCGCUGAAGCUGAUUUCCGACCGCAGUGCCGGGGCAGCCGUGUUCGUCCCCGAGCAAGGGGGUUACAAGGAAAAGUUUGUGAAGACCGUGGAGGACAAGUACAAGUGUGAGAAGUGCCGCCUUGUCCUGUGCAACCCGAGGCAGACGGAGUGUGGACACCGGUUCUGUGAGACCUGCAUGGCUGCCCUGCUGAGCUCUGCCAGUCCAAAGUGUACUGCGUGUCAAGAAAGCAUCAUUAAAGAUAAGGUGUUUAAGGAUAAUUGCUGCAAGAGAGAGAUCCUGGCUCUUCAGAUCUAUUGUCGGAAUGAAAGCCGGGGCUGUGCAGAGCAGCUAACGCUGGGGCAUCUGCUGGUGCAUUUAAAAAAUGAUUGCCAAUUUGAAGAACUUCCAUGCGUCCGUGCUGACUGCAAAGAAAAAGUAUUGAGAAAAGACCUCCGUGACCACGUGGAAAAGGCCUGUAAAUACCGUGAGGCCACGUGCAGCCACUGUAAAAGCCAGGUUCCAAUGAUCACCUUGCAGAAACAUGAGGACACUGAAUGCCCCUGCGUGGUGGUCUCCUGCCCCCAUAAGUGCAGCGUCCAGACGCUUCUGAGGAGCGAGGGCACAAACCAGCAGAUUAAGGCACACGAGGCCAGCUCCGCAGUGCAGCACGUGAACUUACUGAAGGAGUGGAGCAAUUCUCUGGAGAAGAAGGUUUCCUUGCUGCAAAAUGAAAGUGUAGAGAAAAACAAGAGCAUACAAAGCUUGCACAAUCAGAUAUGUAGCUUUGAAAUUGAAAUUGAGAGACAAAAGGAAAUGCUUCGAAAUAAUGAAUCCAAGAUACUUCACUUACAGCGAGUAAUAGACAGCCAAGCAGAGAAACUGAAAGAACUGGACAAAGAGAUCCGUCCCUUCCGGCAGAACUGGGAGGAGGCCGACAGCAUGAAGAGCAGCGUUGAGUCCCUGCAGAACAGGGUGACGGAGCUGGAGAGCGUGGACAAGAGCGCAGGGCAGGCCGCACGCAACACGGGCUUGCUGGAGUCCCAGCUGAGCCGGCAUGACCAGAUGCUGAGUGUCCACGACAUCCGCCUGGCUGACAUGGACCUGCGCUUCCAGGUCCUGGAGACCGCCAGCUACAAUGGGGUGCUGAUCUGGAAGAUCCGUGAUUACAAGCGGCGGAAGCAGGAGGCCGUCAUGGGCAAGACCCUGUCUCUCUACAGCCAGCCCUUCUACACCGGCUACUUUGGCUAUAAGAUGUGUGCCAGGGUCUACCUGAACGGGGACGGGAUGGGCAAGGGGACGCACUUGUCACUGUUCUUUGUCAUCAUGCGCGGAGAGUACGACGCUCUGCUCCCUUGGCCAUUCAAGCAGAAAGUGACACUCAUGCUGAUGGACCAGGGGCCCUCUCGGCGCCAUCUGGGAGAUGCGUUCAAGCCCGACCCCAACAGCAGUAGCUUCAAGAAACCCACCGGAGAGAUGAAUAUCGCAUCUGGCUGCCCAGUCUUUGUGGCCCAGACUGUUCUAGAAAACGGGACAUAUAUUAAAGAUGAUACGAUUUUUAUUAAAGUCAUAGUGGAUACUUCGGAUCUGCCCGACCCCUGACGAGUAGCCGGGGAGAUGGAUUAGCAGAAGGUAACUCCGUUGGGGGGGUUGAACCGGUCUGUCUUCACUGAGGUCCUCACGUUCAGAAAGGACCUUGUGGGAUGGCGGAACGGCAGAAGGUGGCCCGCACGGCCAACGGGAGGAGCCCACGUCCACAUACACCCUGACAUGUUUUCUAAUAGACUAGCAACACUCAACUCUGAAGACCCGUUUAUCCUCCACGGAGGUAAAUGUCACUGUCAGAGGAAUUUUUCAUUUUCAUUUCUAAAGAUCUAGUUAACUAAGGUGGAAAACAUAUAUGCUAAACAAAAGAAACGUGAUUUUUCUUCCUUAAACUUGAACACCAAAAAAAGAAAAAAACGUACACGUGGGAUAGCUGGACAUGUCAGCAUGUUAAGUCAAAGAAGAAUUUAUGAAGUAAUUAUGCAGUUCUGAUAUAUUCAUCCUAAAAUUCAAGAGUGCAAUCUUGUUUCAAAUAUAGUAUAUUGUCUAUUUUUA